AUGCAGGUUGAUCAUGGGAAAAAUCACAGCCAAAACAGCAAUAAUGGGCGCCGUCACGAUGGGCCGAUAUGCGACAACUGCGGCGUAACCUCGACGCCGCUGUGGCGCCGCUCGGCCGAUGACACUAUCCUGUGCAAUGCCUGUGGGUUAUUCUACCGUUUGCAUAAAACGCACCGCCCAAAGUCGCUGCGCACGGGCGCCGGGCGCAAGGACGGCGCCGAUGAUGACGCGCCCAGGACCGUGUGCUCAAACUGCGCGACCAUGAACACGCCGCUGUGGCGCCGCGACGAGGAUAACAACCCCCUUUGCAAUGCCUGUGGAUUAUUCCAUCGCCUGCAUCAAAAACAUCGUCCUAUUGCGCUAAAGACGGACGUUAUCCGCAAGCGCCAGCGC